AAUAAUUACAAACCGUAAAUCAUAGAACCAUACAAAUACAGUAUUAUUUAUAUUUUGUAUAAACUAAAUAUUUAUUGUUUUAAAAUUUUUUGAGGGAAACUAAAUAUGUAUUUCUCUUUUGAGAAAAAGUAGGAAUUUGGAAAGUUUUUAGCUUCCCUCAAGAGAAAAUUCUUUUUUUUUUUUUUUAUUUCCUUUCUUUUUUGUUCUCUUUUUAUUUAUACCAUGGGACUUUUCUUUUUUAAUUCUCACGCGGCUUAUCGCAAUUAGAUUCCGGGAGAUUUUGCUUUCGAAAUUUUUUUUUUACAGUUUACCCCUAAAAGGUACUCCUAUUGCUUCAAAGCUCUCAAGCAAAGCGCAAGCGAAACACAUUCCGUACUGAUUCUUGGAAGAAGAAGAUGAAGAUUAAGUUGGGGCAAAAACCGUACCGGAAAGAUGACUUGGAAUCGGGAAGUCGGCCACUGUACCCGUCGAUGGUGGAGAGUCCGGAGCACCGAUGGUCGUUCAUUCGCAAGGUUUACUCAAUCCUGACCUUCCAACUGCUUCUCACAAUCGCCGUCGGCGCCGUCGUCGUCAACGUCCGUGAAAUCCCUAACUUCUUCCUCUCCAAAGGGGUCGGUUUGGCCCUCUACAUUGUACUGAUCAUCGCUCCCUUCAUAGUGUUGGUCCCGUUGUAUUACUAUCACCAGCGACAUCCGGUGAACUAUCUUCUUCUUGGACUGUUCACUGUUAUUAUUGCUUUUGUGGUCGGAUUGACAUGUUCUCUUAAACACGGGAAGGUAGUUUUGGAAGCUAUGAUCUUAACAGCAGUGGUGGUUGUGAGUCUUACUCUGUACACAUUUUGGGCUGCAAGAAGAGGCCACGAUUUUAACUGCCUUGGGCCUAUCUUGUUUGGUGCUCUUCUGGUGCUUACUGUCUUUCUCCUGAUUCAGCUGGUGUUUCCUAUGGGUAAGUGGCAAGUGAUGAUAAUUGCAGGUGCAGCGUCAAUCAUCUUCUCCGGGUUCAUCAUAUAUGACACGGACAACCUCAUCAAACGCUGUUCUUAUGAUGAAUAUAUCUGGGCUGCUGUAUCGCUUUAUCUAGACAUCAUGAAUCUCUUCCUCUGGAUUGUGGCUAUCAUAACAGAUUGUGAUAGUUAG